AUGGCGUUUUCUUUGUACCGGAAAGAUGCUUUGUUAUUGUCUGGAUCUACGAUUCAAAAUCUUAUCCUGUUGUCUCGUCCAUUGAUUACUUGUCUUAUUACUUCUCUCUCUCUCUCUCUCUCUCUCUCUCUCUCUAACACACACACACUCUCUCUCUCUGACUUGCUCAUUCAACCACCUACCCACUCACUCACUCACUCUAUCUAUCUAUCUAUCUCAAUCUGCUCAUAUCUAUCUAUCUAUCUAUCUAUCUAUCUAUCUAUCUAUCUAUCUAUCUAUCUAUCUUAUCUACCCUAUCUAUCUAUCUAUCUUCUAUCUAUCUAUUCAUCUAUCUAUCUAUCUAUCUAUCUAUCUAUCUCAAUCUGCUCAUAUCUAUCUAUCUAUCUUAUCUACCCUGCAUCUAUCUAUCCAUCCAUCUAUCUAUAUCUAUCUAUCUAUCUAUCUAUCUACAUCUAUCUAUCUAUCUUAUCUAUCUAUCUAUCUACUAUAUGUAUCUAUCUAUCUAUCUAUCUAUCUAUCAUAUCUAUCUAUCUAUUGAUCGAUCGAUCACUCUUUAACCCUCUUCCUAAUUCCGGAAAAUUAUUUUUUACCCCCCGUCUCUCUCUCUUUCUCUCUCUCUCUCUCAUAUUUCACUUUCUGUCCUUUUCCUGGAAAUUCACUUAUUUUCAACGAAACCUUUUUUCGACCUUUUUCAUUGUCUCAUUCGCUCCAUCUCUUUCUCUCGCUCUUUCUCUCUCUUUCAUAUUACCCUUUCUUUCUUUCUUUCUUUCUUUCUUUCUUUCUUUCUUUCUUUCUUUCUCCUUGAACUUAACCAUUCUCUUGCCCCCCCCACCUCUCACACUCUGUCUUCCUUUUUUUCUCUUUCCUGGAAAUUCCCCUUUUCUUUCUCUUUCUUUCCUUCUUUCUUCUCGUUCUUUCUUUCCCUACCCCAAGUGUCUGCAUAAACUGAAUGCACUUCUGAAGUUGCCGAGUAAAUAUACGUUCCUAACAUGUCUUUGUUUCUGUCGUUGUUUUUUCUUCUUUCCCUUAUCUAAGAUGUCGUUCAAGUCAUUCAAUAUUUCCCAAAUUGAUAUCGGGGUUUACUUUCGUUCCUGUUCCCGGGAACAAGCUUACGUGUAUGCUAUAGCAUCGGCCGCUCUCGUCCAUACUGUGGCUCGUGCUUGCAGUAUAGGAGUGACAACAAAAUGCAGUUGUGGAUCACUACCUCGCAGCGCUCCCACGGGCCCAUUUAAAUGGGGGGGAUGCGGCGACGAUAUACAAUAUGGACUCUACUUUAGCGAGACCUUCACCGACAGCUCAUUGUCCAAUAAAUUAAAACCAAAAAGGUCAAAGAAAGCAAAUAUGAACAGGCAUAACAACCGCGCUGGUCGGAUGGUGGUCAGCAAAAGUCUCUCGGUGGCCUGCAAAUGCCAUGGUGUAUCCGGAUCUUGCAAUAUAAAGACUUGUUGGAAAUCUCUGCCUGAUUUCCAUAUUAUUGGAGUGACACUAAAGACUCGCCAUGCACUGGCAAUUGAAGUCAAGACAAAACGGAUAAAGAAAAAAAGAGUGUUCGUACCAAUUAGACCAAAUAUAAAAUCAAUCAGUUCGGAUCAAUUUAUCUAUUAUACAAAAUCCCCGGAUUACUGUUCAAGAGAUCCUGAAAUGGGUUCAAUGGGAACAGUAGGAAGAUUUUGCGACAAAAACAAGUCAGGCAGUGGUGGCUGUAGGACUAUGUGUUGUGGUCGAGGCUACCACACUUUCGUUCGGACCAUAUCAGAACGGUGCAGGUGUCAGUACGUGUGGUGCUGCUAUGUGAAGUGCGACGCGUGCACGAAACGAGUUGAACUGAGCACAUGCAAGUAA